AUGCCUCACUCAUGUUCUGCUUGGAACUGUACAAACCGUGCUACCAUCCAAACCAGAUCCAAGGGAAUAACCUUUCACAGGUUUCCUAAAGAUGCAGAGCAGAGAAAGCAGUGGCAAACAGCUGUGAGAAGAGAAGAGUUUAGUGCUGGCUCGUCCUCCAUGCUCUGCAGUGAACAUUUCAGAGCAGAUGACUUUGACAGAACUGGACAGACAGUCAGGAUCAGAGAUGGAACUGUUCCUUCUCUCUUCUGUUUCCCAGCUCAUCUCACAAAGCUUGUGGUUGCCAGGACAACUCAGACCUCAAAGAAAGCUCAACAGAGCCUGUCAGUAGACUGUUCUCAGCUUGUCCAAGAGGCUGAACCCCUGCCUGUGCCCAAUGUUGAUCACUCCUAUGCACUGCCUUCAUCACCUGACGAUCUGAGGGCCAGACUCAGUGAAGCCUUGGCCAGAGUGGAGAGUCUGGAAAGAGAGAGGAGGAAUGCAAUGGACAGAGAAAGGAGGGCAAAGAAUGCUGUGUGUGGUCUUCUGGAGGAUCUAAGAGUAAAGAAACUCAUAAAUGAAGAGCUGAAAGAGAGGCUGGAUUCAUACUCUGGUACAGCACAGGGUGGCAGCACAGGAUGA